CACAUAUAUAUUCUCAUUAUAGAAAGGCAAUUAGAGUCAAAAAGUAUUGACUUUUCUUCGAUAACGUAUUACCAGAAGACAUCCGAAUACAAAUUUCGACUCACUACCCUAUUCCACAAUUCAAUUACGGGUAGGGACGACCGAGCAAGGAACAUGUCUGCAAGGAGGGAAUCUCGUUCUGGCGAUCAAGGUACCAAUGGAAAGCAUUAGAGUACUGCAUGACGGGUGUCCAUGUAUCUGGCCUGCUUCCUUCGAUCCGAACUGAAGCAAUGGCGGCUACUGGGCUGAGAAACACCGUUUGAACCUGAUCAGAGCGUAAUUCCUGCGCAGGGACAUGCCUUCUCACCCCCUACCAUGUUAUGAAUAUGAGCAAUUGACGUUGGCAGUUCCGCACCCACCAUGUCGACCGACAAGAUCACCUUCUUGACGAACUGGCACGCGACGCCAUACCACGCCCCUCUAUACCUCGCUCAAGCCAGGGGAUACUUCCAAGAUGAGGGUAUCAAAGUUGCCAUCUUGGAGCCCAACGACCCAAGUGACGUGACCGAGAUCAUCGGAACACAGAAGGUAGAUCUUGGCUACAAAGCCAUGAUUCACACGCUUGCUGCCAAAGCUCGUGACUUCCCGAUCCUGUCGAUUGGUUCGCUGCUCGACGAGCCUUUCACUGGUGUCGUUUACCUCAAGGACAGCGGUAUCACCACCGAUUUCCGCACCUUGAAGGGCAAGAAGAUCGGCUAUGUCGGAGAGUUUGGCAAGAUCCAAAUCGACGAGCUUACUUCUCACUACGGAAUGGCGCCCACGGAUUACACUGCAAUCCGCUGCGGUAUGAAUGUGUCCAAGGCCAUCAUCAAGGGCGAGAUUGAUGCCGGCAUUGGUCUCGAGAACGUCCAGAUGGUGGAGCUUGCAGAAUGGCUUGCGUCCCAGGGACGCCCAAAGAAUGACGUCCAGAUGCUUCGCAUUGACGAGCUCGCAGAGCUGGGCUGCUGCUGCUUCUGCUCCAUCCUCUACAUCGGCAACGAGACCUUCAUCUCCCAAAACCCAGAGAAGGUCCGCUCAUUCAUGCGCGCGGUUAAGAAAGCGACGGACUUCGUCCUGGCCUCUCCCGAACAGGCCUGGGCGGAGUACGUCGACUUCAAGCCCGCCAUGGACACCGAGCUGAACCGCAAGAUCUUUGAGCGAUCAUUCGCCUACUUCUCCAAAGACCUCAAGAACGUCGCGCGUGACUGGGAGAAGGUCACCCGCUACGGCAAGCGUCUGGGCUGCUUGCCCGAGGGUUUCGUGCCGAACUACACCAACGAGUUCUUGGAGUGGGAAGGUGAAGGUGACCAGGCCGACCCGACUGGUGACCAGAAGCGCAUGGUAGCAUUGCAACAGGUUGUCGCCGAGGAGGGAGGUUUCCGUCGUCUGGACGUGAAGCGCGCUGCAGUCACCGCCAGUGCAUAAACAAGUCUAAGAGACACCAACCCGGAAAGGGCAAUAUUGUGCAAGUCUGUCUACUGACGAAGCCUGAGGACGUAAGGCGCGCCAUUCAUUUACUACAUCUUUGUGUUGGUUUCCAAGGGAAUGAGAUAUGACACAGAACCAGUUUACAAUCAUUUCCUUUUUCUCCUACAUCCUGUUGAAGGUUGAAAAGACUGAGU